ACGGAACAAACACUUAUUGUGUUAUAACAAUGCACUUUUUAAAUUACAAGAAUUUUUUUACGUUGCAUUCCACCGUAUAAAUAAGCAUGUUGGUAGAAGAAACAUCUAAGCCGUCUGCUAAUACAAGUAGCACACUGCUGUGAGGGUAAUCCACUAUACAAUGUUUGGUUUCUUCAGAAAUUUAUUUUACGGUCCAGAACGAGGCGACGAUUAUCGCUUUCCCUGGGACAGAGAUGAAGAUCUGGACAGAGGAAGGGAAGAAAGAUUAGCUAGGAGAAGAAGGAGAUUCGAAGAAGAAGAUGACUCUCGUGAAAGACGAGGGCGAGAUGACAUCGUAACUAAUGAGUCGGACGAAAGAGUAAAUAAGAAGUUUCAUGUAAGGAAUGUUAACCUGAAUAUCCAGAAAAACACAAAAGAACAUCACACCGAUAGGUUCAUGUGUACCAAGAGAGAGAGAAAUCAGGAGUUGGUAGUAAGAAGAGGACAAUCUUUCAUAAUGACCAUAACUUUUGACAGACCAUAUAACAAUCAAGAAAAUGAAAUAUAUUUUCAUUUCAAAACAGGUAAACGCCCAAUGACAUCCAAAAGUACUUCCAUUAAACUAAACAUGAGUGAAGACCCCACAAGUACUGGUGAUGUUACACAGUGGUUUGCAAAGAUGGUUUAUAAAACUGAUACCUCAAUUGAUGUAGAAAUAAAGCCUCCAUGUAACUGUAUCAUUGGCGAAUGGCGAUUCACAAUACAGACAGAAUCUAAACUAAAGGAAGAGAACGAGCCAAUAUCACUUAUGUAUGAACACAACGAGGAUGUUAUUGUCAUCUUAAACCCUUGGUGUAAAGAUGAUCAAGUGUACAUGGGAAAAGAAUCGUUGCUUGAUGAAUAUAUAUUAAAUGAAUCUGGCGCAAUAUUUGUUGGAAAUUAUUAUCAACGGUCAAUCAAACCAUGGAACUUUGGACAGUUUCAAGAUGAAAUUCUAAGUAUAUGUCUACAUCUGAUCAGGAAAGGAUUCAAUAAUGUGAUAGAUCCAGGAAUGGGAGAUGUUGUCAAACUAUCUCGAGUUAUAUCGAAAAUGGUGAAUGCCCAAGAUGACAAUGGUAUUGUAUCUGGUAACUGGAGUGGUGAUUACACUGGUGGGACUGCUCCAUUUAAAUGGGUUGGAAGUGUAGCUGUGUUGAAAGAGUAUGAAGAUAACAAUGGAACGCCAGUAAAGUUUGGACAGUGCUGGGUAUUUUCAGGAAUUACAACAACAGUUUGCCGAGCUAUUGGAAUGCCUGCCAGAAGUAUAUCUAAUUUCUCAUCAGCGCAUGAUACAGACGGAACAACGACCAUUGACAAAGUAUUUGUUAGAGAUCGCAAUGAAUUAGUCGAGAAGGAAAUGCCGGACUCAAUUUGGAAUUUUCACGUGUGGAAUGAAGCAUGGAUGACAAGAAUUGACCUUGGGAAAGGUUAUGAAGGCUGGCAAGUUAUUGAUGCAACACCACAGGAAACUAGUGAAGGCAUAUACUGUUGUGGUCCGGCACCUGUCAUUGCCAUCAAACAUGGAGAAAUAUCAAAAGUCAAUUAUGAUGCGCCGUUCAUAUUUGCCGAGGUAAAUGCAGACAUUGUUAGCUGGGAGAUGCGUGGUCCGCCGGCAAAUGACAUGAUAGUCAUAAAAGCAGAAACUAAAUCGGUUGGUAGAUUCAUUAGUACAAAAAAGCCGGAUGGAAAACCUUACAAUGGAAAUGUGUCAAUUUGGCGGGAUGAUGACGAUUAUCGACUUGACGUUACUAGUGAAUACAAAUUUCCUGAAGGUUCUCUAGGGGAACGAUUGGCAGUGGAAAAAGCCGAUAAAGCCGCCAAACUUGGAAGGGACGUGUUUAAAGUUUCCGAGUCAAAGGAUAUUUCUAUGACGAUUGCAAAUAAAGAUGGCUUUUUGGUUGGGAAUGAUUUUGAAGUCGAGGUUCAAUUGAAGAAUAUCAAAUCGGAGAGGGGUCGACGAACUAUUGAACAUUUACAAGUUGUUGUUGAUUCUUUGAAGUACACCGGUCAAAGUCGAAAGAAUAUUGUAAAGAAAACAUUUGAAAACAUCAAAUUAGAUUUCAGGGAAGAGAAGACAGUGACGUUUACAGUGAAAACAGACGAAUAUUGGGACAAAAUGUAUGAACUGUUUGGUAUGGAAAUAACAGCAUUUGCAUAUGUUAAAGAGACUGGCAACUAUUAUUUGAAAAAGGAUGACUUCCGGUUAAGACGUCCAGAUAUUCUAGUAAAGGCACCAAGGGUUGUUCAAGUAAGAGAACCCUUUGAAUUAAAACUUUCGUUCAAAAAUACAUUGCCAGUACCUCUUACAAACUGUUCUCUGCUGAUUGAAGGAAAUGGAAUUAAAAAUAAAAAGUCGGAGGAGAGUGAUGUACCUCCACAAUCUCAAUGGAGCACCUCUCAGAUGUUGGAAGCAGAAACAAAUGGAGAACUCCAGAUCAACGUUAGUUUUGAUUGUCAUGAGUUGAAAGAUAUUGUUGGUUUAGUCGUCAUCACUUCUAAAGACUGAAAUAUACUAUGCAGAUCCAUCUAAGAAUAUUUAUUUUCAAUGUACAGACUGACUUUAUUUCCCUAUGUAAUGUUACACCAAUAUAAUUUAUCAUUGCAUCAUAUUUAUUAUUUAUGUCAACGUAAUUUAUAUCAUUUACUUAUGUCUAAACUUAUUUAUUAAAGUGCAGUUUUACAUAAUAUGUUUACCGAAGGUGAAUUUUCAUGUUAUUUAAAUAUAUCUUUAAGUUUCGAAUUACUAUUAAAAUAUAAUGGAAAGCGUUAUCUUCGUUGUUUAUGAAUAAAAAAAACAUAAUUUUAA